GGGGAGUUGAUCGAAAAACAAAAAACGAACUAGGUGAGACGAGAAAUGGAUCUGACACUUUUUGAGACUGCAAAAAAUGACAAUGACUCUGAUUUGGAAGGAAAGUUUUCUGGAGAUGUUCUUGAUGUUCAAAUUAACAUAAUGGAGAUUCCAAUGGAAAAACAUGAAAGUCAACUCUAGCCCUACAAAUGAGAAGGAAGUCUUGGCCUUGGAGUUGGAUCUCCAUCCUCCAAAUAACGCUAAAGUCGACGACAAUGAUGAUGGUGAUGAUGAUGGGGAUACUGCUGAUCACCUCCUUAUUCCAAACAGUUCGACUGAUCAAGGAAUCGACGUCUCAAAAGCAGCUCUGCUGAUUGGAUUCUUCACUUUAAUAUUAGGUUUUACAAUUUCAGCUCUUAACAAUUUAAAGGAUGUUGGAAGAACUGAAACUAAACUCACCCUCGGAUUCAAAGAUAUAUUCUUGCAUCCAGACAAGUUACCGGAUGCUUUCUACGACAUCCUGUUACUGACAAUUGCGUUUUCAGUCAGCAUCGUAUUGGCAGUGGUUUUGUUGUGCCUGAUCAUUAAGGACCAGUCAUUUUUUUGUCGGACACUUCUAUUUGCAGGUGUGGCUGCUUUAGUUUUGGUUACAUAUUGAAGGACAAGGUGUCUAAAUUCUGGUUAAGUGCUAUAGAAUCCUUCAGCAUUCCAAGCUUUUGGUUGGUGUGGGUGUAUGGCUUUUCUCUUGUCCUCUUGGCAGUUACAAUAUCAUGUGUAGCACAUCUUCUUCUUUCUGCAUUUUGCCCUGUGGGUUAAAUUUACUCGUGCUCUUAUAUUUUAUAUCAAAUCUCACUUUGUCGUAUGAUCUUUUGAUUGUUCCAAUCAAUUCCUAGACUUCAUUUCAAGUUGCAAUUGAGCCCGGUCUCACUGUUUUGAAAAAUGACGGAGAAAUUAAAGCAAAAGGACUAAAGUGGGAAUUUUGAUAAAAGUAUAUGGGUGUUUAAGACUAGGGUAAAGAGGUUGAAAUGUGAUUUUGGUAAAAAUGUAGAAGUACUAAGUGUAAUUAAUACUAUCACGUGACUGUUCUCCGUUAGUUUCGAAACGACGUUAUAGGAACGGACUCAAUUGCCACUUGAUUCAAAGUUUAACAGGUUAAAACAAUUACAAUUUUAAAAGACAAAGUGAGAAUUGAUGUUAAGUAUAUGGGUGUGAAAUGAAAUUUAUCCUUUUUAAAAUAAUAUUUUUAUAAGUUUCAAAUUAAAUUUUACAUUUUAAGAUUAUCUGAAGAGGU